AUGGUAAAAACAGUGGACUCUGCUGAGGUGGAGGACAGACCCAAGUGGGACAACAAGGUUCAAUACCUGCUAGGUUGCAUUGGCUUUGCAGUAGGACUUGGGAACGUAUGGCGCUUUCCCUACCUGUGCCAAAUCUAUGGAGGAGGUGCGUUCCUCAUCCCUUACCUGAUAGCAUUGGUGUUCGAGGGUCUUCCUCUGCUCUACCUGGAGCUGGCCAUAGGACAGAGGCUCCGAAUGGGCAGCAUUGGUGUCUGGAACUCCAUCUCCCCAUUUCUGGGUGGAGUCGGCAUUGCCUCCAUGUUUGUGUCGUUUCUGGUGGGCGUAUUCUACAACACCAUCCUGGCCUGGGUGCUUUGGUACUUCUUCCAUUCUUUUCAGGACCCACUGCCUUGGAGCCAGUGUCCGCUCAAUCACAGCACAGCCUAUAAUCAGGAGUGCGUGGAGAGCACGUCAGUGAACUACUUCUGGUACCGUGAGACCCUGAACAUCACACCAGACAUUGAGAUCAGCGGCUCAUUACAAUGGUGGAUGGUCAUCUGCCUGGCUACCGCCUGGUGUGUGGUCUACGUCUGCUUCAUCAGGGGCAUUACAACUAUGGGGAAGGCCGUGUACGUGACGGCCACGUUGCCGUAUGUGGUGCUGACUAUUUUCCUGGUGCGGGCCCUCACUCUGCCCGGAGCCACCGACGGACUCAUCUACCUCUUCACUCCCAAUUUCGAGACUUUGAAAAAUCCCCAGGUGUGGCUGGACGCUGCCACUCAGAUCUUCUUCUCCCUCUCGGUGGCCUUUGGAGGCCUCAUAGCCUUCUCCAGCUACAACCCCCAGAAGAACAACUGUGAGAGGGAUGCUAUUCUCGUCGGGGUGAUAAACAGUGUGACAUCGCUGUACGCCUCCAUCCCCAUCUUCUCCAUUCUGGGCUUUAAAGCUAACUCCUCCUUCAAAUCUUGUCUGGAGAGCAACAUCUUAGCUCUGACCAACCAAUUUGAUAUUGCGGACCUUAACAUUACGGUCGACAACUACGAUCAGUGGUUUGAGUACCUGAAUAAGACAGAUUCAGAGAAGGUCAUCAGUUUGCAGCUGAAGGAAUGUGAUCUGCAAACAUUCCUUGACCAGGGUGCAUCCGGUACCGGCCUGGCGUUCAUCGUGUUCACUGAAGCGGUGAUAGAGAUGCCCGGCUCUCAGGUUUGGGCUGUUCUGUUCUUUAUCAUGCUCUUCAGCUUGGGGCUCUCAUCCAUGUUUGGCAACAUUGAAGGCAUCCUCACACCACUCAGAGACUUGCACCUGAUACCCACGUGGAUACCUAACCCACUCAUCACAGCUUUGGUCUGCUUGGUGUCAUUUUUGGUGGCUCUGAUCUUCACCUUGGGUUCAGGAAACUACUGGCUGGAGAUCUUUAGCAGCUAUGUGGGCUCGGUGCCUCUGCUCAUCGUUGCUUUCUUUGAGAUUUUUGGAGUAAUCUAUGUCCACGGGAUGAAAAGGUUCAGUGAUGACAUAUACUUCAUGACUGGGAGGAGGCCCAACUUCUACUGGAAGGCUUGCUGGAUGGUUGUCAGUCCUUUAAUGCUUGCGGCAGUGUUGUUGGCCUAUGUGGUAAUCCAAGCACAGACCCGCCCCUCCUAUCCUGCAUGGGACCCUAGCUAUGACAAAUUUCCCCAAACAGUAAGGAAGUUCUACCCGGACUGGGUGUUUGCCAUAAUCAUACUCCUCUCUGUUGUGCCUGUGCUCUCCAUCCUGCUGGUUCCUCUCUACAGACUAAUUCGCUAUGGAGUCAAAAAGAAGUCUGCAACUCUCAGCAGCCACAAUCCCUAUAUUAACAAUGGCUACGAGGUUGAAACAUAGCACAGAAGAAGCCAAAAAGCACGCAGAGAUCAAGGAAACGUUGCAGUAAAAAAGUUACUGGGCUUUUGUGAGCUAAAGCGGGCAUGCACAGUACUGAUUAUGAAUGCUUAUGUGAAUUUGUAUAAGGCAAUUUUGUUCAUCACCUUGGACAGUGAGACGUAUGUAGCGCUAUCUAUCCCUUUUAACUGUCAAGGACAACGCUCCUGAGUUCUCUAUACAACUCGGUAUCCAAUAAACUAUUGAA